UGAAAACUCUUGUCUGUCGUCAUUUUUGUGCGACAGACUGGAAUAACUGGUGCUGUGACCUAUACGAACGGAAAUCUUACCAGUACUGCUGUAUAAUAUUGACAGUAAAAUUACAGGCGGUAAGGCUGACAUUGAUGGCGGUCGCGGCGCUGUCCCGAGCCCUGCGCUCGCUCACUGUUUGUGGCGAUGCACUUGGGGUUUGCCGGCCAGCCUCGCUAUGUUCUCAGCAGGCAGUGGGGUUGCCAUCACCGAGGUCUUCAGUGUUCACCGGGUAUCUAUUAUACCUUCAAAACAGCACCACAACAGUACAAUGGCGGGGCUUCUUAACAACGGCCCAUUUAGCUCAGAACAGAACUCUGUGGAAGCAGACAACCAAGUACACGGUUCGGCCUAUUGGCAUGAAGAAGACUGGAGGCAGGGACCACACAGGCAAAAUCCGCACGCACGGCAUUGGCGGUGGCCACAAGCAGCGAUAUCGCAUGGUGGACUUCCAUCGGCUGCGCUCCGAACCUGGCAAAGAGAACCAGGCCUUUGAGGAGAAGGUCAUUGAAGUCCGAUAUGACCCUUGCAGGACGGCUGAUAUUGCCUUGGUGGCUGGUGGCAGCCGGAAACGCUGGAUCCUCGCCACGGAAAACAUGGAGGCUGGAGACCUGAUCAAGACCUCCAGCCACAUCGGCCGCAUGGCGGUUGCUGCCAACGAGGGGGACUCGUACCCGCUGGGCGCCCUUCCUGUGGGCACCCUGGUAAACAGCCUGGAGGUCCUCCCAGGGGACGGAGCCAAGUACAUCCGUGCGGCAGGAACAUGUGGCGUGUUGCUCAGGAAGGUGAAUGGAACUGCCAUUGUGCAACUGCCAUCCAAGCAGCAGGUGCAGGUGUUGGAGACGUGCAUGGUCACGGUGGGCCGCAUGUCCAACGUCGACCACAACAAGCGCAUCAUCGGCAAGGCCGGCCGCAACCGCUGGCUAGGCAUCCGGCCUUCCAGCGGCAAAUGGAAGAGGAAGGGGGGUUGGGCAGGGCGCAAGAUCAGACCUCUGCCCCCCAUGAAGAGCUUUGUGAGCCUGCCCUCUGCUAAGCAGUAGGGAAAUGGGACGUUAUAAUGACAGCUGCCAUUCUGUAGAAGGGGGUGUGUCUAGUUAAGGGGGUGUGUCUAGUCAGACUCCUCCCCCUUCCUACAUGCAGCUAAGGGCGCUGUCAGGAACAUUGUUUCCAGAUCAGUUUGCAUGAUAUAUUGGUCAGAGAAUCACCUGUUUAAUAAAUGGUUUUGGGAACGCCAAAGCACCAAGGGAA